AUGAUUACGGAUGAGGAAUAUCUUCCAGAACAAAUAUUUAAUGUUGAUGAAACAGGUUUGUUCUGGAAACGAAUGCCAGAACGCACUUACAUCCAUAAGGAAGCCAGUAGCAUGCCAGGAUUUAAAGCUUUUAAGGAUAGGCUGACUCUACUGCUUGGUGGGAAUGUCGCGGGGUUCAAGCUGAAACCCUUUUUAAUUUAUCAUUCAGAAAACCCACGAGCGUUCAAGAAUGUAAGCAAGUACACUUUGCCUGUCUACUUUCGCUCUAACCGUAAGGCAUGGAUGACGCAGACACUUUUUGAAGACUGGUUUGUCAACUGUUUCAUUCCUCAAGUACGUGAAUACUGCCUAGAGAAAGGAAUUCCUUUCAAUAUUUUACUGCUGCUCGAUAAUGCGCCUGGACAUCCACCUCACUUAGCUGAUCUGAAUCCUGAUGUGAAAGUGGUUUUUUUGCCACCAAACACCACUCCAAUUCUUCAACCUAUGGACCAAGGUUCGAUUGCAGCAUUUAAGGCAAACUAUUUAAGAAUCACCUUUGGGCAAGCCAUAGCUGCUCUAGAUGCCGACCCAGAACUAUCCCUACGAGAAUUUUGGAAACGCUACAAUAUUCUGCAUGCUAUCAAGAAUGUGUCUUCUGCCUGGGAGACUGUGAUGGCGAAGUGUAUGAAUGGCAUAUGGAAGAAGUGCGUUAAACGUUAUGUGAAUGAUUUUGAUGGAUUUGACAGUGAACAAGAACUUGAUGUGAUACGGGGAAAAAUAGUGAAACUGUCAAAAGAGCUUUCCUUGGAUUGUGAAAAUAGAAGAUAUUGA